GAGCGAACAAACGAGCGAGCGAACGAACGAACGAAGCUAGUAACACUCGAGCGUUCGCGCGCGUCGGAACGUACGUUCGAUCGAUCCGUUUUACCCGCUCGCUCGCGAUCUCAGCCCGGAAACCGACCCGGUUUACUGGAACGCGCCGGUCCGAUCCAUUGUUAUCGGAAGAGAGGAGGAAAAAUUAGAGAAAAAAGAAACAAGUUCGCGCUACGUCUCGUGCGAUCGAAGGACAACAAUGAUCGAUAGUGCCGAGGUCUCGUGCGUAAUGCAGCCUGCUGGAAGUUAGCACGUGUCGGGAUCAUUUCUUCAGAGAAAAAAAACAAGGAGGAUAUCCAACAACAACAAAUAUCAGACAAGUUUAACAUCACUGAAGUGGCAGUCAUACAGAAUUUCAACAUGAAGGAGUCUAAAAGGGACUGGCUAUUUAGAGUCCAGGUAGAAAACCUAGAGAAAAAUGAAGUUGUCUAUGUGGUUGGAAACUUGCCUGAGUUGGGGGCCUGGAAUCAUAAUCAGGCCAUCCUGAUGUCACAGGAGCAUAGCAGUCGGAGAGAGUCUCCUAUAGUGUUUGAUAACAGUAAUAGUAGUGGUGAAUUUUAUACUGAAGACGGGCAAGACAAUGCAACUGACAGCAUAUUCGAUGAUGAGAAAGAAAAGGAUGGACGAAUAUUUUCGCAAAAAGUUGCCCUUCCCAUCGAUGCUGAUAUCGAGUUUCGAUAUUUUAUAGCUGUUAUUUGCCAAUCAAACGGCGCUAAAAAUUCAGCCAAGACUUUGAUUAUACGCAAGUGGGAAACUCACAUGGUACCACGAUUGAUCAGAAAAAAUAUACCAAGCAAUUUUGCUGAAGAUAUAUUGCCAGAUCCCGACAAAUUUGGUUUCUACAAUGGUUACUACAAGAUCGAACAAGGCUGGUUGACAGAUGAAACUGUGAUACAAUUUAAAAUUUUUAACAAUCCUAUUAAACUCUGGAAAAACCGGCUACAGAACAGAAAAGUUCACAUUAAGAUGACGCCUGUAAAUCUAGUUAGACAUAAUUCUCUAGAGCUACAACAGGGGUUUGGAGGCGACUGUGUAGACGAUAGUCUUUCUAUGGAUACGCAGGAUAUUAUUGAUCAACCCGCUUUUACCAGUAUUACGGAAAUUGCUGUGAUGAAUGAUGAAGAGGCUAGGUUCCAGGUCCAGGAGCAAUUUGGUCGUCCGUACGAUGAAGACGAAUUUGCACUCUUCAGUGUUGCCGUUCGAUAUCCCGAAACGAUCGCGUACUUAGUGGACUACUACGUGUACAGCUCAAGAUGUUUCCCAGGAGAACCACCAACUCACAUUGGUUUUAGCUACAUCUUGCCAAGUACUUUACAAUCUAGCGUCGGGCUUCUGACCGUACCAAUCACUAGUACAAAACAUAGACCUAUUGGACAAUUGACGGUAGAGUACGUUGUUAUAAAACCAAUUCCGGACUAUCCGUGGGACAUGAGCAUUUCGUACGCGAAGCACUGGGAACAGCGGUGGUCAGGCUUAGACGUAGGACACCGAGGGCUUGGCACAUCCUUCAAAUUUGAAACAAAAAACUGUGCUAAUGUACGAGAGAAUACGAUCGCAUCUCUGAAGACCGCAGCUUAUCAUGGUGCGGACAUGGUCGAGUUCGACGUUCAGCUUUCAAAAGACCAUAUACCUGUGAUCUACCACGACUUCUACGUAUCUAUCUCGCUGAAGCGUAAGAAGCAGAUAGAGGCUAUGGAUAUGCUGGAGAUACCCGUUAAGGAUCUUACUUUAGAACAGCUGCAUCUACUCAAGGUUUAUCACGUGGCUGAAGGUCGAGAGAAAAAUCCGAGAUUUUUCGAUGAGGAUCUGGAGGAUCAUCAACCUUUUCCCACGCUGCAAACUGUGCUCCAAGAACUGGAACAACAUGUCGGAUGUAAUAUCGAAAUUAAAUGGAAUAUGCAGUUGAAGGAUGGCACUUUCGAGCUCAAUCAUCCAUUCGAUCUCAACUUGUACCUAGAUAUCAUCUUGAAAGUGGUAUUAGAAUAUGGCGGUGAUCGGAAAAUCGUGUUUUCCUCGUUCAAUCCAGACAUCUGCGCGAUGAUCCGUCUUAAGCAGAACAAGUAUCCGGUAGUGUUCCUAACGCAAGGCGUCACGUUGAAGUAUCCCACUUAUCACGACCCACGCUGUCAAACGGUGCCGAUGGCAAAAAGACACGCGUUGACCGCGGACAUCCUGGGAAUUAACGUUCAUACCGAAGAUCUUCUUCGAGAUCCGUCUCAAGUUAAAUUAGCCAAGGACGUGGGGCUAAUUAUCUUCUGCUGGGGCGACGACAACAACGACAAGGCUACUAUUCAGUAUCUGAAGAAGCUCGGUUUGCACGCGGUUAUAUAUGAUAAAAUCGACGAGUACAAUGUGAAAGAAGUGAAGGAGAGUAUAUUCCUCGUGGAUGCCAGGGAAAACCAGAAAGAGUUGAUAGCCUUAGCACAGUGCAAUCAAACAACACAACCACCGAUGUCUGCUCCACUCAACACAGACAAGGAAUUUUAUCUGGAUCGACCGUCAACAACCACGUCGCUUGGAAAGAAUAAUAUUGGAGGUGACAGUAUAUAUUCCAUGCCAGCUUUAAAAUUGUCGGCCAAUUGCGAGAGACAAGAGAGCAUGGAGAUCAGCGAGAUGACUAAGGAUUUCAGCGUAUGUGCAAACACGUUCGGUCAUUCCGUGAAGACGAAGAGCAUCCCUGGCCUAGUGUGUGGUCAAUCAACAGCAUUGCCUGAGAUUUAUGGAGAGGAUGAAGCUGCUAAAGAUUGCCUUUGAUGCUUUUCCUUUUCGUGGUUUUGAUGAAGGUGUAUCACUAAGAGGGACUCGAAGCAAUGCGAUGACGAGGAGAUCUUUUUGUAGUUUAUCAUUCGCGUUAUAUUUCUAGCUAAUAGGCCGAAGUAUUAUAGAGGAUGCGUCUGUAUUUCUGAAAUCAGUAGAACGCGCUACAGACGCGUUGCACAGACUGUGUAAAUAUUUCAGGAACGAUCAACAUUGUUCUGCGAUUUUAGGGCUUGACAAAAGAACUCUCUGAAAUCCUUGUGUCCCGUAUCUAGACAAGCAUUCCGAGACUACAUCUGAUGAUAAGUAUUAGACUAAACAAAGAUAUCAAUGUAUGGAUUUCAAUGUGUACUCUCCUUGCGAGUCACAGUAUGACGUUGAUCGUUGAUGUUUUGAAAUAUCGAUAUAAUAUGUGACGAUGCGAUGCGCGAAGAAAAAUCGUCUGAAUUUCACUCUUGACAUGCACACCAUUCCCCGAUCGUUCAAUUUUUCUGCGCGCAUUGUGUAACGUGUAUUGGAAAGAGCACGUGUAGCCGGGAUAUUCUUGAAGAAACAUUGAAUCAAUUCUGUCUUUUCAACAAAAAUGGUUUGGAGAUUCUGAAUGUGCUAAUCGACUAAACAAGAUGAUUACUUCGUAGAUUUUAAGCUUUACUUGCCCACAUUUUUAAUCUAAAUGGUGGAAAACUGAAAGAUUAAAAAAUCUGAUAGAUUUGAAAGAUUUAGCUUUGAAGGAUUUAGAUUUUGCAAAUGGAUAGAGAAAUUGAAACUUUUAAAUGUCCAGAGAUUUUAAUUCAGGCAUUUACUAUUAGGAUCAUAUAUGAUGAUUUGAAUAUGUAAUAAUUCGUCGAUUUAGCGGUUCAAAGAUCCAAAUUAUAUUUAAAAGAAAAAAAAGAAAUAGAAGUCUAUCUUCUCUGAGAAUACAGUUCCAUCGACGUUUAAUAGUUAGUCAAUCAGACAGCCAGAUCGCAUGUUCUUUAUAGCAAAAAUCGAAGGUAAAGAAUUCGAUUAACAAGUUACCGGCAUACGGCUGUUUCUACUCACCUUAUAUACUAUGUAGUACUUUUUAAAAACAAGGACCUUCUCAGUACUAAUGAAUCCGACGCAGGCUAGAUAAAGGACGAUUUUAACUCCCGCGAAUCCGCUCACGACAGAGACUGACGUGGGAGUUGUGUUUUUAGUACAAAAGUGUCUUCAGGUAUAUCUUUAUUUAGAUCAGGAAGAAACAUUCGCUCCUCCCGUACUUCUUCCACUGUCGAUUCGAAUAUUAUAUGAACGAAAAAAGAAAAAGAAAAAAAAAGAUUUACAUGAAGAACAAAAAUAAGCAAAAGAAGGUAAUUAUGAAGAAUUGCAGAUCGCUUGUAUUCGAAGAGCAAACGAUGCCAUUAGUUGAUACACUUUUACAUGAGCUGUCGAAUGAAAAAUCGCACGAAGGCGAGAUCGAAUGUUUGCGCCGUACCUCGAAUUGCCUUUUGACAGCUGUACCUCAAGUUUUAAUAAGAUCGUAAGGUAAACUAUUUUUCGUAUAGUCGCAUAGGAAAAAGAUUUCAUAUCCACUUAUUUAUGUCAUCCAUUCAUGUGACAUUGCACACUUAACGCGCGCUAUUGGACGAGCAAGGGUACGGUCAAAAAAAAUAAAAAAAAUUGGAAAAGAAACAGAUGAUCAUGUACCUUUUUUUUUAAUUUUGUUUUGUCACGCCCACAUGCACCGACAUUGACACGUCAGUGCGCAGUUUUGCUCAUUCUAAGUAAUCUUAUGAUAUCGCUGCAAGUGAUUUGCAGUCUCUCCGCUGUGUAGGAUUUCAAUAAUUCAAUGGACGUUCGACGUCUCCUCGAGACUGCUUGUUCGUUCAUUCGUCCGUCUCGAGACUCGUCGUAGAAAUUUCGGCUCUCCAGCGAGCGAAAUUCCGCAAUGCACAGCCGACCUCGCGAUUUCACAAGAUCGAGCAUCGAAAAGCGUCGUUCGCCUUCUAAGAAAAAUGAUUUCCUAACUGCAAAAAUAUAAUGUCGAACUCUUCAACCGAUAGCUUUGUACAUUCGUAACUCUGGUGACGCGAACGAACCGAGAGCUCGUCGCACCGUCCGCUUGACUUUUGAUAUGACGAUAUAACUCGUGUUUUGUCGCAUUAAGGAAAAAAAAGACAGGCAAAACUGAAUGAAUUCGCGAAUAAGUGAAGAACCAACAUUUUGUGCGCGGAAUGCACUUUUGUCUCACGGUAUCAAACGUUAAAGUCCAACGGUCAAAUCGUCGUGGAAUAUUUGCGCGCGAAGCUAUUGAAGAUUUAUUAUCUAAGAUUCAUACAGAUCAGCUGUUCGAUGAAACAAUAAGGGGCUAGCGAGAUCACUGCUGAGUUAGACGUGGAGUUCAGAUUGGAAUUGGAUUAUUGCAAUUGGAAAUAGAUUAUCGCUAGCAAUGAUUGACAAUGAUAAGAAAUCAAAUCAUUUAAGGGGCCCAGAUAAUUCGAUGAAACGAAUGCAAACAAGUUUUACCGAAUAUCCUUGGAUUACGAGAGAGAAUGAGAGAGAGAAAGAGAGAUGAGAAUAUAAUUUUUUCCUUAAAAUUAUUACAUACUAACGAUAAGAUUAUAAUAUAUUAAUAUUGUCAUAGUGUGACGCGGUAUUGUUAUGAUAAUUUAACGAUAAAUAUUACAUGCUAUGAUAUAAUAAUACUGUUAUACAAUAUUAUUAUAGUAUAUAGUGAUAGUAGUUGAAGUUAACGCUUCGCAGCGCAAAGGGUUAAUCUACCGGCUGAAGGGUUAAAGAAAACACAGACACACAUAUACACACACGCACACAUAUCGACACUUAACGUACAUGCGGCACGCGAGUAUCUUUGAAAAUUUUCACUGGAAAAAUAAUGUGUACCGCAUUUUUUUUUGGAUAGUAAAAGAACAAAAAUUACACGGCUAUAGAGCGAUUGUAUCAAUCAUCAAGACUCUGGAAAUGUACAUUUGUUGACAGAUAAUAACAAAUACACAUUCUGUACGUUACUGUGACAUUACGCUAUUGCACUAUGCAUGGUGUCACUUAUUUUCUCCUUCUUUCCGUUCUAAUUUCUUGUUUCUUUUACUCUUUCUCUCUCCUUUGCAAUCACGAGAAUGAGGCAGUAUAUUAACAAUAGCAUGAUAUUAACACAUUUAGAUAUUUGAAGUGUAAAGGGGUAAACUUAGGAGAGGCUUAGAGCUUAAAUAUUAUCAUAAAUUUGUGGUGUAUUUUGAGACAAUGAUGAAUUUGCAGUUUUACAUAAUGACAAUUUGUAGUUGAUGUGACGGGAGAAUUAGUAUAUAUCGGCUUUAGAAGAUUAUAUAACAAAGUAAUAUAUAUAGACGCCGGGUUGUGUCACGAUUCGAUGUAUUUUUGUGAGAAAUUAUUCGCUCUAGAGUUGAUUUUCGCUUUCUGUUGAAUAUAUUACGAUAGAUACAAGUUUUACCUAAUAAGGAACAGGAGAGGAUAGGUAAAAAGAGGUCAAUUUAUAUCUUGUAAAGCCGACACAUACAUUUCAGAUCAACUACGCUUUACUUUAAUCAUUCGUUAAGAAAAGGAGAACAGAUUAAUCCUUUUACACCGAUUACAUUGACACUACCUUAUUUAAGAUCUGAGCAACUCCGUGCACCAAUUAGCAAACUAAAAGUUUUGCAAAAUCAGGAUAUUGCGACUAAAAACGAAAAGCGUUUCGGCUUCCAAACCGUUUUAAACGAUGAACUUCUGGAACGUGUAUUUAAGAUUUUUAAUAAGGUGUUUGUCUAUUUCCCCAUUUCCCCUGUCUUUAAGUUAUACAAUACAACGAUCGAGAAGGAAAUAAUUUAUUCUUGCCGAGAUAAUAAAAUAUUUGUAUUGUCGAAA